UUAUUGUGUACUUUUAUAAUGUACAAUUGUAUAAAGCUAUAUACUUGAACAAACAUUCAUUUUUAAAUACUUAGUAACAGUUAUUGGAGGGUUAUCAUAACUCAUAAUAAAUUACCUAUUCCAAGUACUUAAGACAAAGCCGUUAUUCGCACAUGUCUUUGACUUGCGUACGUACUACGCAUAUAAAGCAGAUGGAUUUUACGAAUGCAUGUAUUUCUAUGAGAAUAUAUAAGCAAAUCAUAUUGUAACAAGAAUGACGUUCGGUGGGGAUCUAAGAACAACGUUAAUGUAAUAACUUAUUGCGAACAAUAAGUUAGGUAUAUUUUAGUAAGUUCAGUAACAUACACUACGAUGUCAAAGUACAACGUCACUGUCGACAAUAACGCGAACAAGACUGAUACAAACAAGAACACACAGGCAAAAUCGAACAGUGCAGAUUUGGAAAGAGGAAAAAAUAGUGACGACUCUUCGGGCACUUCGUGGUGUAAGAUCAUAACCAUGAUUCUUGCACUUGGAGCCUUGGCUGCUGCCGUGGCUGUGACUUGGGUGUUCCAGGACUGGCAGACUAGCCUGAUAGUGUUGGCUGUACUUGUGGUUGUGUACCUCUUCGCUUUCAACUGGUGGUGGUGGUAUGUCGCUAUUAGAACGACGCCGAGAGAUUUGAAGGCACUGUAUUAUUACGUAAGAUUGUUGCUGUUAACUAAAAGAUUAGAAAGACAAAAUAAGGGGAUGCCAGAUAUCGUUCAUGACUUGGUGAAAAAACAUCCUAACAAAGCAUGUUUCUUAUUUGAAAAUGAAACGUGGUCCUUCCAAAAGGUGGAACAAUUCAGUCUCCGAGUGAGUGCAGUACUCAAAAACCAGGGUAUCAAGAAGGGAGAUGUCGUGGCCCUAAUGAUGAACAACUGCCCGGAGCUGCCUGCCACUUGGCUUGGAAUUGGCCGUCUCGGAGCUAUCACGCCCCUUAUUAACACUAAUCAAACUGGCAAUACGCUGCUGCAUUCCUUCAAUAUUGCUAAGUGCAACGCAAUUAUUUAUGGCUCUGAAUUUGAGAGUGCUAUUGAAGAAAUAAAGAAUGACCUGGAUCCGUCAAUAAAACUGUACAAAUAUACACGGCGCGAGUUAAAUACUUCGAAUUAUGCCGUGAAAGUGGUAGAGUCUCCAAUUGAUUUAACGUCUUUGUUGGAGAGCACACCGCCUGCCCAAUGGUUCAGAUCGGAAGGUGACGGCUUCAACGGAAAACUUUUGUACAUUUAUACAUCAGGAACCACAGGACUACCAAAGGCUGCAGUUAUAUCUUCUUCAAGGAUGGUAUUUAUGUCUACGGGUAACCAUUAUCUGGGAGGACUGAAGAAUUCAGAUGUGAUAUAUUGUCCUAUGCCACUGUACCAUUCGGCGGGUGGCUGUGUUUCUGUCGGUCAGGCGUUCAUCUUCGGUUGCACUGUCGCAAUGAGGACCAAAUUCUCAGCUUCGUCAUACUUCCCUGAUUGCAUCAAAUUUAAUGCAACGGUAGCUCACUACAUCGGCGAGAUGUGUCGGUAUAUCCUUGCGACCCGUCCGGCACCCACAGAUACACAACACAAAGUUCGCAUUGUCUUCGGAAACGGAAUGAGGCCUGCUAUUUGGGGAGAAUUCGUGAAGAGGUUUAAUAUAAAGCGAGUAUCUGAAUUCUACGGGGCAACUGAAGGCAACGCUAAUAUUAUAAACAUUGACAACACACCUGGUGCUAUUGGAUUCGUGUCUAGAAUAAUUCCUUCCAUUUAUCCUAUCGCUAUCAUCAAAGUCGACCAAGACACGGGUGAACCCAUCAGAAACAAGAAGGGGUUGUGCCAGCUUGUUAAACCUAACGAACCAGGAGCGUUUAUUGGCAAAAUCAAUCCUAAUUUACCGUCAAGAGCUUACCUUGGAUAUGUAAACAAAGAAGAAUCCGACAAGAAGGUGGUUAGGGAUGUGUUCACACACGGCGACUGCGCCUUUAUAUCUGGUGACAUCUUGGUAGCAGAUGAUUUUGGUUACCUGUUCUUCAAGGACCGUACGGGAGACACGUUCCGAUGGCGCGGAGAGAAUGUUAGUACCACAGAAGUUGAAGCCACCAUAUCCAAGAUUGCCGGACAACGAGAUGCUGUCGUUUACGGAGUAGAGAUCCCUAACACGGAAGGUCGCGCGGGUAUGUGCGGAAUAGUGGAACCAAGUGGCGAGCUGGAUCUAGAUAAACUAGCCAAAGAUAUGGCCAAAGAUUUACCGAAGUAUGCCAGGCCUGUUUUCAUCAGGAUAAUGACUAGUGCUGACAUGACUGGAACGUUCAAAUUAAGGAAAGUAGACCUCCUGAAAGAAGGUUACAAUCCAACAGUUGUUAAAGAUAAGUUAUACUACCUAGAUCCGGCAACAAAUAAAUACCUACCCCUGGGACCAGAAGAGUAUGACAAAAUUAUAUCGGGACAGAUCAGACUGUGAUUUUAAUUUAAGUACCUGUGUAAAAUUUUGUACCUAGAGAAUACUGUGAUGGGACUUUUGAUAAUGUGAAGAACGUGGUUCCUUUAGGAUUGUAUUUAAGUAUAAUUGACAAUAAAAUAGUUAUUAUCUAUUGUAAAUGCAUUUAGAUGUUGACAGUUUUGUAAAAAUGGGCUUAGGUAUUUAUUAAAAUAUAUUUUUUGUAAUAA